GUAGAGAGUAGUGAAUCGAGAGUUACUUGUUGGGGAAAGCAGAAGUUUCUACAGCGAACAACAACCAAUGCCGCGGCGGCCGCGGGGCGCUGCUGCAUCGCAGGCCGCCGAGGCGGAGGCGGAGGCGGAGGCGGAGUUAGAGGCGGAGCUGCAGGGCGACUUCGUCGACUCCGUGCUCGACAUGGAGGGUGGCAUCGGCGGGGAGACGCCGAUGGAGAAGUGGGAGAUGAGGUUCAAGUCGAAGAAUCUGGAGGCCGAGAGGAGGAGGAGGGGGAAGCUCAACACCAACAUCUUGGCCCUCCGUGCUAUCGUGCCCAAAAUCACCAAGAUGAGCAAGGAAUCGACCCUCACCGACGCGAUCGAUUACAUUACGCUGCUGCAGAAGCAAGUGCUUGAUCUACAAACAGAGCUCUUAGAAACAGAUGGAGAUCUUAUUCAUAAAAAUGAAGCAAAUGAAGAUGAGGAGGGAGAGAAGCAGAGGAGUCCAAGUUCUGAAACAGUUGCUCCCUCUGUGACAGUGCAAUGUCAGGGGCAGGUUGAGCUAAUACCUAUGGGCCCAAACAAGUACCAGCUGAAGAUAAUGUGCAAGAACAGGAUGGGGCAGUUCACCAAAGUUCUAGAAGCUCUGAGCUGCUUCAAUGCAGAGGUUGCUGAAAUAAGCUCUGUGGCCUUCUUCGGCUUCUCGAAGAGCGUGUUCUCCGUUGAGGUGAAGGAAGGAGAAGAGGGUGAAAUCAUAGAAUUAAGAAAUCUUUUGUUAGCACUUGUUGGAGCCUCGGAAAAUUGAGCUGCUUCAGAAUUGAUCUUUAUGACUUUGAUUUGAAGCCACUAAAUGUUACAUGCUUUUGUAGUUUAUAACAAAUGUCAGCAAUAUAAACAUAUAGAACAACUUGUGG